AUGGUGAAAGCGGAUACUCUCGGCCAGUUACUUGGUCUGGCUACUGUUGUAGCUGGUCAGCAAGUAUACCUCGAGGCCAAUGGCUCUACACCCCGACCCUCAUGCACUAAGUGCACCGAAGGUGAACCACAGUACACCUUCACACCAUUCCACUAUACCAUGACAUCAACAGUACGCUAUGCCACAUCCCGACCCUCGCCAACAGCUACUACAACUUAUGCUCCUCCUUUCGAGAGUCUGACUUCUCUGAUCGGCUCGGUGUCCUACACGACCUGGGGCAAAUGGGAUCCGACCGCGAAUGCAUCCGCGACGGACGCAGCCAAUCCAUAUGGCAAUGCCGCUUGGACAGAACUGUGGAGAAUGGCCAACCCUCCCAAUUUUACGCAGGAUGCCACCAGCGCUUUGUUCAGUACCACCGUCGAGCCAACACCGGUGCCUACGCAGGAGCUGGUCUUGCCUCCAAGAGAUUAUUUUGGCCCAACCGACUGCUACAACUUUCCUCCUGGCUUUGAGUUUGGUGUUGCAAGUUCUGCCAGUCAGAUUGAAGGAGCGACAGCUGAAGAAGGAAAAGCGCCAUCUCUGAUGGACAUCCUAAUUCAGGAUGACCGACCAAAGGAUUAUGUCACCAACGAAAACUACUACUACUACAAGCAGGAUAUCGAGCGUGUUGCUGCCAUGGGUGUCAAGUACUACUCCUUCAGCAUUCCUUGGACCAGAAUCUUACCGUUCGCACUGCCUGGUACUCCGGUCAACCAACAGGGCAUUCAGCACUACGACGAUGUGAUCAACUAUAUCAUUGAAAAGGGCAUGGCGCCAGAAGUCACUCUAUUGCACUUUGACACUCCGCUUCAAUUUUUCGGCACGAUUACCAAUGUCACUGAACUGAUCAAGGCAGAAAUUGGUUAUACCAAUGGAGGAUACCAGAACGAGACCUUCCCAGAUGCGUUUGUGAACUACGCCAGAAUCGUCAUGACACACUACGCUGAUCGCGUGCCGGUGUGGUAUACGUUCAACGAGCCUCUGCUUUACUCUGAUAAUGGCAAGUCCAUUGAUCAUGUUAUCAAGUCACAUGCUCGGGUCUCCCACUUCUACAAGGAUGAGCUCAAGGGUACAGGCAAGAUCGCCCUCAAGUUCAACAACAACUUCGGCGUACCUCGCGAUCCCGAGAGUGAAGCAGAUGUCUAUGCUGCAGACCACUUCAACUCGUUCCAGCUCGGUCCCUUCUGUAAUCCUAUCUUCCUUGGUCAAGACUACCCGGAAUCUUACAAGAUGACCAUUCCCGAUUACGUGCCUCUAAGCCAGGCCGACCUCGAGUACAUCAACGGCACAGCAGACUUCCUUGGUAUCGAUCCUUACACAGCCACUGUCAUCGCACCCCCGGAACCGGGUUCCAUCGACAGCAUCAAAAGCUGCGCCACCAACUCAUCAGCAGAACUCCGUCCUUACUGCGUCAAUCAAACCACCACAGACAUCUUCGGCUGGAACAUCGGUUACCGCUCUCAAUCAUACGUCUACAUCACCCCCACCUACCUACGCCUCUACCUCAACUACCUGCACAACACCUUCCGCACCCCCAUCGUUCUCACCGAAUUCGGCUUCCCUGUUUUCGGCGAGGCUGACAAGGAGAAUCUCUCUGAUCAACUUUUCGACUCUCCACGCAGUGUUUAUUAUCUGUCCUUCAUGUCUGAAGUCCUUAAGGCCAUUUGGGAAGAUGGAGUCGAAGUAUUGGGGGCCUUUGCUUGGAGUUUUGCGGACAAUUGGGAGUUUGGAGAUUAUGAGCAGCAUUUUGGUAUUCAGACUGUUAAUCGCACGACGCAGGAGAGGAACUAUAAGAAGAGUUUCUUUGACUUGGUGGAUUUUAUGAAAGCUAGAGGGGUGGAUUAG